AUAAUCAGCUUGUAUCUACUUGAAGAGUUUAGGAGUAUGCAAUGUCUAGAUAUGUGUUAGUAACAUAGUGUUUCUUUAUACAAAUAAUCGAAUGUUAGUAAUAUUCUAAUGCUUCCGUCAACCGGCUAUUUUAAAGGCCUGAAUUGUCCGUUUUUUGAUAGCGGUCUUUGUGAACGACCUUACUGUCAUUUUCGUCAUGUUAAAAAAGAACCCCAAAACAACGAUGGCAUUGAAAGCGAUACAAUUCUACAAAAACUGGUGUCUGCGGCCGUACAGAAGGUACUACAGCAAACAGAAUCUUCAGGAUCAAUAUCUCCGACCGGCACAGCAACAACAAAUGAAGCAUCAAAGGCAAAUUUUGUGCAACCUGUACCUUGUAAAGCCACAUACAAUCCAACACCAAUAGCAGAGUUGAAUAAAAUUAAUAACGUCGAUUCAGAAAACAAUGAAGAUGUAAAUGAACAAAGAAAGAGGCACAUUCCAGUACCUUAUACUCCUAGAAAGCCAGCUAAUAUGGCCAUCAAACGCCCAGUUGAAGUUAACGGUUCAUUUAAGCCUUUUAUAUAUAUACCUCCGCCCACCACGUAUACUCCUGGUUCAACAGAGAAUUCACAAUUGGAUCCAUACACUCCAAAAGGUACAGUAGAAUUAAAAGAAACAUACUUGCCAGGAAAAGAGACAGAAUUGCAGGAGUAUACACCUAAAGAUAAUCCAACAUCAAACAAACGAAGCUAUAUUCCCUCCGAUAAAAACACACACAAAACAAAGCUAUUGGAGUAUAAACCUACAAAGGUUACUAGUAAACCAGAUGUAGCAAAGGUCACAUAUCAACCGACACCAAGAUCUCUAGCUCCAUGCUUUUCUAGUGAUGAAGAAGAUGAACCUGAUGAAAAGAAAAGAAAAUUAUCAAGUGAUUUGAAUGGUUUAGAUGACUUGGGACCUGAGUUCGAUAUAUUAGACCAAAUAUUAGAUGAAGAGAAAAGUGAAAAUAAUCCUAAAACUAAUAUUGAAGGACAUUCUACAAAAACAAAAAGUAACAAAGAAAAUAGUGAAAAGAAGGACAUCAAAAAUAAGGAUGAAAAAUCUGAAAAAGAUAGAAAUAAAUCUAAUAACAGUAAAUCAGACAGUAAAGAAAAGUCUAAAACACAUGAUAAGCAGUCAAAAAGUAAAAUCUUAAGUAAAGAUUCUGAACGAAAAUCAAGUCACAAGAGUUCAAGUAAAGAUAAAGAUAAAGCUGAUAAGAAACAUUCUUCAAAAAGUUCCAAACAUAAAAGUAGCUCUUCUAAGAGUUCAGACCAUCAUUCAAAAAAUUCAAAGCAUGACAAAGAGGAUUCUAAAAAGAAGGAAAGUAGUCACAAACAGAAAAGUCAUAAAAGCUCUAAACAUCAUAAAGAGAAACAUAAAGCAAAAAAAGAAGAGCCAGAGGACAAUAACUUUGAUUCACAUGACAACAACGAAGAGCUUUUAGAGAUGUCAGAAUCAGAUGAAGAAAGUAUCACAUUAGAAUGUAAGAAAAUUUUUGAAGAAUAUGUACCUGUAGAAAAACCUAAAAUAGUUGAGGAAACAGUUAACAAGGAUGAUGAAAAUGAGACAGAGGAAUAUAUACCAAGUAAAAAAAGAAUAUCUCGAACUAUUGACAAAAACAUAAAAAUAACUCCAAAGCCACAAGUGAAACCUAAUUUUAAGAUAAAUGCAGCACAAGCAAUGGCCGAUAGAAUGGCAAAAAUAAGAGAAUUUCAUGCUUCGAAAACUCCAUCUAACAAAAAUGAAGUUAUUCAAAAACCCCCAGAAAUUCAAAAAAAUAAUGUGUUUACUCCACCAAGUGGUGGUAACACUAAAAUUAGAAUUGCUCAUGUGCCUUAUGCAUCUACAUUAGUUAACGCAAAGAAAGGAAUUUCUCACACCCCAGAUAAUAACAAAAGUAGUCCAUCAACUAGUUUUACUUCCAUACAGACGGUUAAAAAGGGGACUCAAAGAGUUGCGCACAUGCCUAAUGAAAAAUUUAUUGACAGACCUGGUGUAUUAGAGCCUCUUGCCUCCAAAAUACCUGCAAAUAUUAGAUCUAUUUACUUAAAUAUGAUGAUAGAUGAGUGUUUAAAAAUUUAUUUAUCAGCAACAGAUGCAUAUGCCAGAGCUCAACAUGAAGAGUUAGCAACUAGUAAAAAAUGUUCAACUAUUCCAAUAUACAAAAACUCUUCAGUACUCACUGUAAGUAGACUAAGAAAGGAAGUGCAAGAAUGCAAUGGUGUUAAGAAAUCAGGAUCUGAUUGUACGGCUUUGCAGAAAAUUCCACGGCCAAUGUCUGGUACUACAAGUAGUGCAGGAUCUUGGAGCAUCGAAAAUAAAAACAGGACAAAUGUGAUUGAUAAAAAUUACUUUAGUGGUGCAAAACUGUAUAACAAUAUACAAAAAUGGAUUUUAACGGAGGAACAACUACAAAGUAAUGGUUUUCCAAGACCACACAGCACUGGUGAAAAAGGUAGAGCUAUUAUCUAUGGACAGAAGAAGCAGAAUCCUCCCAAAGGUUAUAUAAGGACUUGCUGUAGAUGUAAGAAAGAUUAUACAGUAAACAAGAAGGGUUUCCCCGCUGUUAAAGAAGAGUGUAUUUAUCAUCCGAAUAACAAAUAUAGAGUGAGAGGUGAAGCUCGUUACCAGUGUUGCAGUCAAGAUGCAACAUCGGAUGGCUGCUGCAUAGCUUCCUGCCAUGUAUAUGAAUAUGUAGAUUAUGAAAACCUAAAAGGUUACAUCAGAACAAUGCCACCAGAAACAGAAAGUGAUGAUUAUGGAGUUUAUUCAUUAGAUUGUGAAAUGUGUUAUACAACACAUGGUUUAGACUUGACAAGGGUAACUGUAAUAAAUUCAGCCUGUAAAGUUGUUUAUGAGACACUUGUAAAACCUUUUUAUCCUAUAAUAGAUUAUAAUACAAGAUAUUCUGGUAUUACAGAGGAGCAAAUGAUGGGUGUGACAACCACACUUUUAGAGGUUCAAGCCACUCUUCUUAGUAUGUUUAAUAGUAAAACUAUAUUAAUCGGCCACAGUUUAGAAUCUGAUUUCAAAGCACUUAAACUGAUUCAUGAUACAGUAAUAGAUACUAGUGUUUUAUUUCCUCAUAAAAUGGGCCCUCCAUAUAAAAGAGCUUUAAAGAAUCUAUCAUCUGAACAUCUUAAGAAAAUUAUUCAGAAUUCUGUUGAUGGUCAUGAUAGUGCUGAAGAUGCAACAGUUUGUAUGGAACUAUUGAUCUAUAAAUUAAAAGAAGAUUUGAAGACAAGAUAAUAUACUUGAAAACAUUUUUAAUUAUAGAUUCAGGGCUGCUUAUAAGUUGUAGCAAUUGAUUGUUAUCUGGGCCAAUUGAUCUUUAAAAAUAAUUACAACACUAACAAGUAAUGAGCCAUCAUAGUGGGUAAAACAAUAAUACUCAUAAUUUCUGAGACAUGUUUUUGAUAUCCAUUAUAAUGGAUUUGAUCCGGAUUACCGACAUUUACUGCUGUAUUGUAACUGCUACACAAAUGUAGUCUGUUAAAUUAUAUGUUAUGU